GGCCCCUCAGGGGGAAGGUGCGUUUCCCGGCUCCCGAUAGGUCGCCCCAGCGAGACAACACUAACAACCACGGAGCAUUUGUCAUUUCCGGGUAAGAUGGCUGCAGUGCGUGUGCUGAGGACCUGGAGCCAGAAUGCUGGGCGGCUGAUCUGUGUUCGCUACUUUCAGACAUGUAUGAAUGUUCAUGUUUUGAAGCCAAAAUGUGUGUAUUUCUUUGGUUAUCCUUCAUUCAAGUAUAGUCAUCCACAUCAGUUGCUGAAAACAACUGCUGCUCUGCAAGGACAGAUUGUUCAAUUCAAACUCUCAGACAUCGGAGAAGGGAUUAGAGAAGUAACUAUUAAAGAAUGGUAUGUAAAAGAAGGAGAUACAGUGUCUCAGUUUGAUAGCAUCUGUGAAGUUCAAAGUGAUAAAGCUUCUGUUACUAUCACUAGUCGUUAUGAUGGAGUCAUUAAAAAACUGUAUUAUAAUCUAGACGAUAUUGCCUAUGUGGGAAAGCCAUUAGUAGACAUAGAAACGGAAGCUUUAAAAGAUUCAGAAGAAGAUGUGGUUGAAACUCCUGCUGUGUCGCAUGAUGAACACACACACCAAGAGAUAAAGGGCCAAAAAACACUGGCAACUCCUGCAGUUCGCCGCCUAGCAAUGGAAAACAAUAUUAAGCUGAGUGAAGUUGUUGGCUCAGGAAAAGAUGGCAGAAUACUUAAAGAAGAUAUUCUCAACUAUUUGGAAAAGCAGACUGGAGCUAUAUUACCUCCUUCGCCAAAAGCUGAAAUAGUGCCACCUCCACCAAAACCAAAAGACAGAACUAUUCCUAUACCAAUAUCAAAACCUCCAGUAUUCACAGGCAAAGAUAAAACAGAACCCAUAAAAGGCUUUCACAAGGCAAUGGUCAAGACCAUGUCUGCAGCCCUGAAGAUACCUCACUUUGGAUAUUGUGAUGAAGUUGACCUUACUGAACUGGUUAAGUUAAGAGAAGAAUUAAAACCCAUUGCUUUUGCUCGUGGAAUUAAACUCACCUUUAUGCCCUUCUUCUUAAAGGCUGCUUCCUUGGGACUACUACAGUUUCCUAUCCUUAAUGCUUCUGUGGAUGAAAACUGCCAGAACAUAACUUAUAAGGCUUCUCACAACAUUGGGAUAGCAAUGGAUACUGAGCAGGGUUUGAUUGUCCCUAAUGUGAAAAACGUCCAGAUCUGCUCCAUAUUUGAGAUCGCCACUGAGUUGAACCGCCUUCAGAAAUUGGGCUCUGCAGGUCAGCUCAGUACCACUGAUCUUACAGGAGGAACAUUUACUCUUUCCAACAUUGGAUCAAUUGGUGGUACCUAUGCCAAACCAGUGAUACUGCCACCUGAAGUAGCAAUUGGGGCUCUUGGAUCAAUUAAGGCCCUUCCCCGAUUUAACCAGGAAGGAGAAGUAUAUAAAGCACAGAUAAUGAAUGUGAGCUGGUCAGCUGAUCACAGAAUUAUUGACGGUGCUACAAUGUCACGCUUCUCUAAUUUGUGGAAAUCCUACUUAGAAAACCCAACUUUUAUGCUACUUGAUCUGAAAUGAAGAUCGAUGGGAUAUUAUUGAACUUUUUGAGCUUCCAAAGAAUAUGUAGAGCCUAGCUGUGCAACACAUGUUCUUCAUCACAAUUUGUAUUAGAAAUGAUUUGUAUUGUAUAAUUAAGGUUCCAAGGCACAAUAUUUAUCUCUGUUCUGUUAGACAUUUUACUGAAAAUGAAUGAUGGUGUAAGAGUUCUCCUGGGGCUGUCACAUUUUAUAGGUCAUGGUAUCACUUCUUAAUAUGGUGCUGAGGUCUUUGUGUCCAUGGGUUGAAACUAGCAAGAACAACAAAAUUAAUGUUACUAAAAGACAGACUGCCAUAUCCAGUGUUUACCCUAUUUUUCUUUCUUUUUUUACUUUAGACUGACCUUAAUGAAACUUGUCAGUUACACUUAGUUGGGAAAAGGAAUUUACAUACAGAAGUAUCUUCCAUUUCCCCACAAUAACACUAACUGUUGUAUAAAAUAAGUGCAAUUACUUAACCUUUUAGGAUAUCCAUGAGGGGCGCCUUGGUGGCUCAGUUGGUUAAACCGCUGCCUUCAGCUCAGGUCAUGAUCCCAGGGUCCUGGGAUCGAGCCCCACAUCGGGCUCCCUGCUCAUGCAGGAAGGCUGCUUCUCCCUCUGCCUGCCGCUCCCCCUGCUUGUGCUCUCUCCCUCUCUCUCUCUCUCGCUAUCUCUCUCUGUGUGUCAAAUAAAUAAAUAAAAAUCUUAAAAAAAAAAAGAUAUCCACGAUUAUGUUGCUCUGCAGAGAUUAUCUGUAAAUGUCUUUAUAUAAAUAUCUUUUAAAAGGGAAAAUUAUAUGCUAAUCUUAAAAAUGCCCAAUUAUAGGGGCGCCUGGGUGGCUCAGUCAUUAAGCAUCUGCCUUCAGCUCAGGUCAUGAUCCCAGGAUCCUGGGAUCGAGCCCCGCAUCGGGCUCCCUGCUUGGUGGGAAGCCUGCUUCUCCUUCUCCCACUCCCCCUGCUUGUGUUCCCUCUCUCGCUAUGUCUCUAUCUGUCAAAUAAGUAAAUAAAAUAUUUUUUAAAAUGCCCAACUAUAGGGAUGCUUGGCUGGCUCAUUCGGAAGAACACGCAACUCAAUCUUGGGAGUCAUGAGUCCAAGCCCCACGUUGGGCGUAGAAGCUACUUAAAAAAAAAAAAAAAAAAAAAAAAAAGCUCAAUUAUAGUUUUAUAACCAGUAAGGCUAUCAAAAGCAUUUGUUCAAAAUGAAUGUACUUUUAGAAUUUUGGUAAUGUUUUGGUGUUUUGUUAGGAAAAAAAGUUCACCUUGGCAAACUUGCCUCAUGUAAAGAAAGUGCUUUAAAUGUAGCAGCCGCUGACAUUGUUUUACGUUUAGAAGUCUAUUGCCUUUUAACUAUUUUUUAUCUUUCUUGUCUUUAAAACAUAGGAUAGGAUAAUGUAUUCCAUUCUCCAUAUCCUGAGAAGGAAUAUGAAUAGAGGAGAGAGAAAAGUCUAAUGGGUAUUAUGGACAUUAAAACAAUAAAUAUACAGAAAUGAAGGUAUCAUAAUGAUCAUUUUGUAAGAGUCCCACUUUAAUCAUAAAUAGCAUCAAGGUGAAUAUAAUCCAAUGUUUUGAUUUGCAUUCAGAAAUCCAGGUUGCUUCUAAUGUUGUCUAACUGACUACUGUAUGCUCAAGUGAAAUUUUGUAACAAAAAAGAAAUUGUUUUAAAUCUACUCGAUUUUUUCAAAAUGAGAAUCAUGUAAAUUAGAAAAUAAUGAGUCAGGUGAAUGUUAUUUUUAAAAUUUAGAUAGUACAAGGAGUUACAAAGAAAAUAAAAUCAUCCAUAAUCAUAUCACUCUUAAUGUUUAGAUCAAGGUAUCUGUAUUCAUAGCUAUUCUUAAAAAAAUGAAAUCAUGCUAUAUCUACUAUUUUGUAGUUUGAUUUUUUAAUUUAACAUUAUGAGUAACUUUACAUGUCAAUAAAUAAUUCUACAUUAUCAUA